CCAAUAUAACUUUACCACACCCACAUCCAAACACAAACACACACAGAGUUUUGUAAUAAGAAAGAGUUCCAUUUUGUUGCUAUUGUUCAGAAAAUGGCUAGGUCGUCAGAAACACUGGUGAAGAAGGUGGCCUGCGUGGCGGUGCUAAUGUGCAUGGUGGUGGCUGCACCCCACGCCGAGGCGGCAAUAUCGUGCGGCCAGGUGCAGUCAAGCCUUACCCCAUGCAUCUCCUACCUGAAGGGCAGCGGCGGGGCAGUGCCGGCGGCCUGCUGCAACGGGGUCAAAUCCCUAAGCAACGCGGCCAAGACCACACCUGACCGUCAGACGGUUUGCAAUUGCAUUAAGUCUGCUGCUGCUGGGAUAUCUGGUCUCAACUACGGUCUCGUCUCUUCCCUCCCCGGUAAAUGUGGUCUCUUCCUUCCCAUCAAGAUUGGCCCUUCCACUGACUGCUCCAAGGUGCGGUGAGGUCUAUUUAGCUAUAUCUAUAGCUAGAGAGAGAGAGAAAGAAGCAUAUAUAUGCAUGAAUAACAGAAGUUCUCAUGGGGUACUGGGUUCCGCUACUUCAUGAUCGAGCAUCGGGACUCGAGAAUAAUUUUGUUCACCCUUCUUUAAAUUAAGAGGGUGAACAUUACCAUUCUUAUGAUCGGUGAAAAUUGUGUAGCCUUCACGGAAUCAAUAAAUUUUUUUGGUAAUAAUGGAGUUAGUAUGUGGCACUCUUGUCCUGGUGUCUUGCUAGGAGUAUCAGUGCAUCGAUCUACUGCUCUUUUUUAUUGCAACUGUUUUGUCAUCUGCUUGGUGAUACAUAUGAUUUCUUUUUGCUAUUGUCAUUUGUAAUACUGUUACAACUC